AUGUCGAUGGCCGAGUCCCCAACCAACAAGAUCGAUGCACAAAGCAAAGGCGAAACGUUUGCCGCUGCAUUUGAAUACACAGAAAGCGAUGAGCCUGCGGAGGUAACGUCACCGAAUGAGCAAGUGCCUGCACCUGCAGAUUACGAGAGCCUUUCCUACCAGAGACACAGAUCGCAACGAUCGCUGGGUAUAAAUGGUUACACUGCCACUCCAGACCCUCCUACCCUCUACGUACGUGCGCUGUAUAAUUACGAUGCCGACGACCACACUAGCCUGAGUUUUCGCCAAGGUGACAUAAUACAAGUGCUUACACAAUUAGAAAGUGGCUGGUGGGAUGGGGUCAUCAACGACGUUCGAGGAUGGUUUCCCAGCAACUACUGUGCCGUAGUAUCUGGCCCAGAAGAUCCAGGCGAGUAUGAAGGUAACGGAGUCGACGAGAGUGAGGCAAGCGCAGAGUCGGGGACGGAUGAUGAGCAAGAUGGUGAACAAGAUGACGAUGUGGACUCAGAAGGGAAUCCGUAUGAAGGCGACUCAGGAUUGCCCACAGAUGGUGAAGAGUCAGGCGAUCAAGAAGAGGCUGCCUACUGGAUACCGCAGGCUACACCGGACGGCCGACUCUUCUAUUUUAACACUCUGACAGGUGUCAGCACGAUGGAACUACCCCUGGAGACACCCACGUCAAUGAAUGAAACUGGCCCACAAGAUCGAACAAAUUUCUUUGUGCCAGAACAAACGCGAGCACCUCUAGAAAUGUCAAAUCAUAGCUUUAGCGGGGAAGAGGAUGACCCGGACAAUUCCGGCUCUGAAGGAGAGGGCGAGUCGUUGAUGUUGGCAUCAAACGGUGUGCUACCACACAAGAGACGAUCAUCUAACUCUGAUCGUGUUUCCUCAACGACGUCGACAUCCUUAGAUUCGAUGAAUACAUCACCUGUGGCAGAACUCCGGAAAGCGCCUCCAAAUAUGUACAUGAAAACAAAUGAUAUUAUCAGUGCUGCAACGCAUGCAGAAAGUGGCCUCGAGACAACAGCUGGCACCACAACAUCAUUUUCGACCAAUCCGAUUGGCCUACCGCAGGAUACAAGCGUUCCAAGGUACUUCUUUAACGAUGGAAGCACCGUUCCGACGACAUGGGACGCUCUCACUGAUAACAUGAGUCAGUCUGUCCACGCGUAUCGGCAGGUCGUGAAAAAUCACAAUCGAGCAGAGUUCGUUAGCAGAGCCGAAGACAUCUCAGACCACUUAAGAAUGCUGCUUGCUGCAGGUUCAGGGACAACUGACAAUCAUUCUGGGAACCCCUCAAUAAUUUCAACAAACAAAGCGCUCUAUCCUCAUUUCAGGGAUAUGAUGUCGAGAUUUUCCAAGCUGGUUCUAUCCUCUCACAUUGCCGCAACUGACUGGCCUGGUCCAGAUGCCUAUGCCAAGUGCUUGCAGGAAGCUGAUGGAGUUAUUCAUGCCGUUUACGGCUAUGUCGAGGUAGCUAGGCAACAACGGGGGGAAGAGGUACCCCGACUAGUUCCAGGUUUCGUGCUAGGUAGGACGACUGGAGGCAAUUGGCAGAACAACAAUGUGGAUGCUCAGGAUCCAAUUAGCACGACUUCCUUGGGAGACCGAGGCAGUCCCGAAAGGGGUGAUGGACAUUUCGUGACCCUCGAUCUCAAGCUUUUGGGUCGGGUCGAUGAAGCAAGAAAGUCUCUUAUUGCAAACAUUCGGCGUUUGGAAGACCAGCUGCACAUUACGGAGAAGGUGAUCACACCAGCCCGGCAGAUCCAGCUUGGUGAUGCCAUCUGUCUCGCUGCUGGAAAAGUUAUUGAGUCCUUUAAACCUUUCAUCUCCUGUGUCGAAUCAGUCAAUCUUGGGCCUCUGGGCUCUACCUUUCAGAAUCCUCAGCUGCUUGACUUCGGCUCACAGAAGCAGCAGGCCUAUGACAAUGUCGCAGAGCUCAUUGUUACUUGUCAGAGCAUUACCGCCAGUCUGCCGGAUGAGUGGGCUGAGAUACGUGGCCCGCCCUUCGAUGAGCGUCUCGCUAGGAUUGUAGCCACUUGCCGGCAAUUUGAUAACAACGUUUCACAUAUAGUUUACUUGAUGCAAUUGCUGAUAGACACAAUAGCGUCUCACGACACCUUCAAAGAAGUACGAUUGCCUGAUGCUGAGGCAAGUCAGAAAAUCCCUCUGCAUAUCAGUCCAGCAAAAGGCGCGUUGACGAGGCCGCAGCUCACAGGCGCUAGCCAAAAUGCCUCAUAUGACAAUACUGACAAGGCAUCGGACAAGAUCAGACGUCUGGAUCCAACGGACAAACCGCGUCGUUUCUUUGGACAGAUGACACCACUUGACGUUGUCUCAAGGCCGACAGGUGCCGAAUGCAUGAGCGCGACGGAGGACCGUCCGUGGUACCUGCAUUUAGAUCAUCCGAAUGAAGUCUUUUAUGAUACGAAGUCAACCCCUCCACAGCUUAAGCAUGGAACGUUAACUGGUCUGGUGGAGCAGCUCACCCGCCAUGACAGACUAGAUGCAGUAUUUAACGGCACGUUCCUGCUGACCUACCGCUCUUUCACCACUGCGAGCGAACUUUUUGAGCUUCUGGUGAGAAGAUUUAGCAUUCAACCCCCACCUGGGAUCAAUCAACACGAUCUCACAAACUGGGAGGAGAAGAAGCAGAAACUUGUGCGUUUUCGAGUUGUGAAUGUGCUCAAGAGCUGGCUAGAGCAUUACUGGAUGGAGGAGAAUGACGGAGAGAGCAGGAAGCUUCUCGACAGGAUCUACUCAUUUGCUAAAGACUCAAUUGCCACGACCAAGACACCAGGCUCAGGACCUCUGAUGGCGGUGGUUGAGCAGAGGCUGAAGGGUCAGGACACUUCUGCUAAAAGACUUGUGCUAACAUUGACGAAUUCUGCUCCCGCCCCGAUCUUGCCAAAAAAUAUGAAAAAGCUCAAGUUCCUCGACAUAGACGCAACAGAAUUCGCACGACAGCUUACCAUUAUCGAGUCUAAGCUCUAUGGAAAGAUCAAACCAACUGAAUGUCUGGGCAAGACGUGGCAGAAAAAGGUUGGUCCUGAGGAGCCCGACCCAGCACCGAAUGUGAAGUCCUUGAUCCUCCAUUCCAACCAGCUCACGAACUGGGUUGCGGAGAUGAUACUCUCACAGUCGGAGGUUAAGAAGAGAGUACUCGUCAUCAAGCACUUUGUUUCGAUUGCAGAUAAAUGCCGCAACAUGAAUAAUUUCUCUACCCUUACCUCUAUUGUUUCUGCUCUGGGAACUGCUCCAAUACACCGGCUUAAUCGAACAUGGACUCAAGUCAGCCCAAAGACCAUGACGUCUCUGAAUGUGAUGCGACAGCUUAUGGCCAGCACCAAGAACUUUGGUGAAUAUCGGGAGAGGCUUCGCCGGGCAAACCCGCCAUGCAUCCCCUUUCUAGGUGUUUAUCUUACGGAUCUGACAUUCAUCGAAGAUGGAAUCGCGUCGAUCGUCAAGAACUCCAACCUCAUUAAUUUUGCCAAGCGGACCAAGACAGCCGAGGUCAUUCGUGACAUCCAGCAGUAUCAGAACGUACCGUACUCGCUCAAUCCUGUUCCUGAUCUUCAGGAGUAUAUACUCAGCAACAUGAGAGAAGCUGGCGAUGUACAUGAGAUGUAUGAUAAGAGCUUGCAAAUCGAACCACGGGAGCGAGAGGAUGAGAAGAUCGCAAGGUGA